GCUUAAUUUUGGAAAAAACGUUUGUGUUUCAUUGUUUUCCUUUUUUAGUUAUUUAAAAUUUAAAUGUAUAAUAGUUAAUCAAUUAUUCUUUAUUAUCCUAUAAUAGAGAUUGUUAUUUUUAAUUAUUCGUAUUACAGAGAUUUUGGUUGUUUUUUUAAUGUUUAAAUUUUAACCGUGAAGUAAGUAGUGCGUCAGCGCUUGCAGUUAUAAUUAUUCGAGUGGCUAUUGCUCAAUAAAUCUUCAUUAUUCUUUAAUGAAUUUAUUAUGUUUUCUGAGGUGGAUUAGCUGGAAGAUGAAUUAAGCUGAACUGACGGUGUAAUUAAGUAGGUGGGAAUGGGAUGACAUUAUUUUUCGACUGUCCGAUCGGCAGCUGUUGUUUGUUGCCGAAUGUGAUGAUGGCGUAGUGUAUGGGCAUUAAUUUGACGCCGUGGCUUUUGUGCUCGCCAUUAGACCACUGAUCUACGGGUAUUCUGUACAGUGUUUGUAUUGUGUAUUCUUGAUUUAUAGUUUCGUUUUAUUUCAGCCGGUUUUUAUCGAAAUUUUUGCAAGUAAAACUAAACCCAACGCAAAAUUGUAAUGUAUAUUUAAUUGGAAAUCUGACAGUUUAUUAUCCAGAAACGGGUAAAUAAAUGAAUAAAUAAAUAAAUACAUAAAUACAUAAAUACAUAAAUACAUAAAUACAUAAAUAAAUAAAUAAAUAAACGAUUGGAUACCGCCGGAUACGAAACAAACAACUAACGAUCCGACGGUAUUAUGUAAAUAAUCCGGAUUGGUUACAAACUUACAAUCCGGAUUAUCGGAUACGGAUAUUAUAAUUUUUUAAUUUAUUAUGAAUUUAAAUUAUGAAUUCAGUUUAGAUUUAUGGUGCAUCGUUUCAGGCCAACGCGAUGCGUGCCCGCCUGGAUGAGGAGCGGAAGAAGCGCGAGCAGUUCGAGCAAGAUGCCCGCCGCACAGGGCGCCGCGGCGGCAGUUGCGAGCGGGAACGCGGUCAGCGGCGUUUGCGCUCGCGCUCCAACAGCCGCGAACGGGAACGCCGACGUCGUGAACGGGAGCGACGGGAGCGCCGCGAGGAGGUCUUCAGCGAGACGGACGACUCCGAUCCGGAGCGGCGGGACGUCGGAGCGGAAGGCGACGCGGAGAAGGACGCGGAUAAGGAGGAACAAGCCAUCAAAGAGAGGUAUCUGGGUGCGACGCAGCGACGGCGGCGUCAGCGCCGUCUGAACGAGCGCAAAUUCGUCUUCGACUGGGACGCCGGCGAGGACACCUCGCUGGACUCCAAUCCCAUCUACAAAGCCAAGCACCAGGUGCAGUUUUUCGGCCGCAGCCACAUCGGCGGCAUCGACAUCAAGAGCCAGAAGAAGAACGCCAAAUUCUACCAGGAUCUGAUCGAGCACCGGCGCAACCACGAGGAGAAGGCGCAGGCCCAGGUGCACGAGGCCAACAUCCGGCAGCGCGAGGCCAAGCAGCGCUUCGACGACCGGCACUGGUCGGAGAAGGGUCCGGACGAGAUGAACGAGAGAGAUUGGCGCAUCUUCCGCGAGGACUUCAACAUCAUCGUCAAGAACGGCCGCGUGCCCAACCCCAUCCGCUCCUGGGAGGAGGCCAACGUCCCGCCGGAAAUCCAAAAAGUGAUUAAGGAAGUGGGCUACGCCUCGCCCACCCCGAUCCAGCGGCAGGCCAUCCCGGUGGGCCUGCAGAACCGGGACAUUAUCGGCGUGGCGGAGACGGGCAGCGGGAAGACGGCGGCGUUUUUGAUUCCGCUGCUGACGUGGAUCACCUCCCUGCCCAAGAGGGAGCGCCAUGACUACGAGGACAUCGACCAGGGUCCCUACGCCAUCAUUAUGGCGCCCACGCGCGAAUUGGCCCAGCAGAUCGAGGAGGAGACCAUCAAGUUCGGCACGCUCCUGGACGUCCGCACCGUCGCCGUCAUCGGCGGUUUGUCGCGUGAGGAUCAGGGCCUGAAGCUGCGUCAGGGCUGCGAGAUCGUCAUCGCCACGCCGGGUCGUCUGCUGGACGUCCUGGAGAACCGCUAUCUGGUGCUCAACCAUCGCUCCUACGUCGUCCUGGACGAAGCGGACCGCAUGAUCGAUAUGGGCUUCGAGGGCGAUGUGCAGAAGAUCCUGGAGCACAUGCCGGUGAGCAAUCAGAAGCCGGACACGGACGAGGCCGAGGACGAGGCGCUGCUGAUCCGGAAUCUGCGCAGUCAGUGCAAAUACCGGCAGACCGUCAUGUUCACGGCCACCAUGCCGCCGGCCGUGGAGCGGCUGGCCCGGACCUAUCUGCGCCGUCCCGUCAUCGUUAACAUCGGGACCGUGGGGAAGCCGGUGGACCGCGUGGAGCAGCUAGUGUACAUGUGCUCCGAGCAGGAGAAGAAGACCAAAUUACUGCAGGUGCUGGAUGGAGGGGGAUUCGAGCCGCCGAUUAUCAUCUUUGUCAACCAGAAGAAGGGUGCCGAUGUGCUGGCCAAAGGUCUGGAGAAGCGCAAUUACUCGGCUACCACCCUGCACGGCGGGAAAGGGCAAGAGCAGCGCGAGUUCGCCUUGGCCUCGCUGAAGAACGGGAGCAAGGACAUCCUGGUGGCGACGGACGUGGCGGGACGCGGCAUCGACAUCCAGGAUGUGUCCUUGGUGAUUAACUACGACAUGACCAAGAGCAUCGAGGACUACACGCACCGCAUCGGCCGCACCGGUCGCGCCGGCAAUAAAAGGCAAGACUGUGGCUGAAAUUCAUUGCUUUCCGAUUAUUCAUAAGAAAACACACAUUUUUUGCUAUUUUAAAAACAGGUUUUAGAUUGGUUUCCCGACUAUUGACUUCUCUAAUAACGGAAGAAAAUAAACGAAAUCGUUGUGCCGCCAUUUCCAAUCGGUUAAUCCAGUAAAGUAUAAUUUUAUUAAAAGGUUUUAUCUAUAAAUAUAUUGGUCAUUUGAAAUUUAAUUUAAAAUGACCGGCAUUUUGGUUGAUUAAUUUUCACUGGAAAAAUAUUGAAAUAAUAGAUCGUAAAAAUUGUACUCGUAAUUGAUUGAAAACUUGCAGAUGCUGGAGGCCUGGUUUGAUUUUGGCAUGAUCUGAAGCACAGUAAAAUUUAAGUUGAAAAAAAUAAAUACAGUAUUUUAAAAUUUAUUUCCCAAAUUUUUCCGUUUUAAGCAGAAAAAUUUGCUAAAAUAAAUUUUAGGUAUUUAUAUUAUUAUUAUUCAGCAAUUAAUUCAUUGAAUUUUCAUAAACCGGCAUUAAAUUUGACCUAGCUCUCCAGUCUCCACCUAGAAAUAUAGCAGUUUUUUUUUAAAACAAAUGACAUGCAUGAAGUGCGGUUUGAAUUAUGAAAUGAUUUGAUUCCAGGUGCGAAAUGCAAAAUGUCUGAAAUUGUGAAUGUGAAUUUGUUUUAAUAAAAUUUCUGUUAAUUGUGAAAAUAAUUGCCAUCUCGUUUCUGACGAAGGAGGACAGUCAUUUAUUCUUCGAUCUGCGGCAAGUGCUGAAGAACAGCCCCGUCUCGCACUGCCCGCCCGAACUGGACCGCCACCCCGAUGCGCAGCACAAGCCGGGCACGGUGCUGACCAAGCGCAAGAAGGAGGAGAAAUUAUUCUCCUGAAUAUUUUCUCAGUUUCUGAAAAAAAUUCCUAUGAUCUCUUGGGAAUUGUUCUGUUAUUGCUAUGUCAGCCUAUGUGUCUUUUUUUUUCUUACUGUGACUGCCGUUCGUACGGCGCCGGGUUUUUUCGUGUUUUGUCAGUACUGGGAUUGUCAAUGUACAGGCGAGCGUUCACAAAAGCACAUUCAAAUGAAUCUGUCCCAAAUGGAAGGACCGUACUU